AUGAUACCGCAACUUGGAAGAAGGCCGAUGCAUAGAGGUAACGAGGAGUCCUCUUUUGGGGAUGAUUACGAGAAAGAGCUUGGAGUAUUGCUCAGCGACCAGCAACGACGGCAAGAAGAAGCUGAUGAGAUCGAGCGAGAGCUUAACUUGUACAGAAGCGGCUCUGCUCCGCCGACUGUGGACGGCUCUGUUAGUGCUGCCGGAGGCUUUUUCAGCGGCGGAGGUGGGGCUCCGUUUGUGGAGUUUGGUGGAGCCAAUAAGGCAAAUGGGUUUGGCUUGGAGGACGAUGAGUAUAGGAAAAAUCCAGAUUACUUGUCUUAUUACUAUGCUAAUAUGAAGUUGAAUCCGAGGUUGCCUCCUCCUUUGUUGUCUAGGGAGGAUUUGAGGGUUGCUCAGAGGCUUAAAGGGUCUAGCACCGUGUUAGGCGGUAUCGGGGAUAGGCGAAAAGUGAAUGAUAGUCGAUCUUUGUUCUCUAUGCCGCCUGGUUUUGAGCAGAUGAAGCAGCAGAAGGACUUUGAGCCUAAGAAAACUAGUGCUUCUUCUUCUGAGUGGGAUGCUAAUGGACUUAUCGGUUUGCCGGGUUUGGGUCUCGGAGGCAAACAGAAGAGUUUUGCUGAUAUCUUUCAGGCUGACAUGGGGCAUCCCGUUGCACAGCAGCCCUCACGUCCUGCAAGUCGUAAUGCCUUUGAUGAAAAUGUCGAGUCCGCAAAUAAUCAGUCUCCAUCUGCAUCACAAGCCAUUGGUGCGCCAUCUCCGUACAGCUAUGCAGCUGUUCUGGGUUCUUCACUGUCUAGAACGGGAACUCCAGAUCCACAGGCCAUUGCUAGGGUACCUAGUCCCUGCCUUACUCCCAUUGGGAGUGGAAGGGUGAGUUCAAAUGAUAAGAGGAACACAAGUAAUCAAAGCCCAUUCAACGGUGUUGCAUCUGGUCUGGACGAGUCUUCUGAUCUUGCUGCUGCUUUAUCUGGCAUGAACCUGUCAGCCAGCGGCAGGUUAGAUGAGCGGGGUCAGGCAGAGCAGGAUGUUGAGAAGGUUAGGAACUAUAUGUUUGGACUGCAAGGUGGGCAUAACGAAUUCAAUCAACAAGACCAGUUCCCUAACAAAUCUGACCAACCCCAUAAGGGAACUGGUUCGUGGAGGAAUCCACAGCUGAGAGGGUCCCAAGGAUCUGCCUAUAAUGGUGGAGGUGGACUAGCUAGUCCUUACCAGCAUCUCGAUAGCCCAAACUAUGGUCCGAACAAUUACGCGUUAAAUCCAGCUGUAGCUUCUAUGAUGGCUAGCCAACUUGGGACUAAUAACUUUUCACCAACGUAUGAAAAUGUUUCUGCAGCAUCUGCUUUGGGAUUUUCUGGAAUGGACUCCAGACUUCAUGGGGGAGGGUUUUUAUCUUCUGGUCAAAACUUCUCUGAAUCACGUAAUCUUGGCAGGCUCAGUAAUCGAAUAAUGGGAGGAGCUGCUGGUCUUCACUCACAUAUUGCUGACCCAAUGUAUCAUCAGUAUCCAAGGUUCUCUGAAAAUGUUGAUUCGCGUGAUCUUCUUAAUGAUCCUUCAUACAUGAAUAUGCUCGAACUGCAAAUGGCUUAUCUCGGAGCUCAGAAAUCACAGUAUGGCCUCCCUUACAAAUCCGGGAGCCCUAACAGCCAUAGCUAUUAUGGGAGCCCAACAUUUGGGUCUAACAUGUCAUAUCUUGGUAGCCCCUUGGCUCAUCAUGUCAUGCCAAAUUCUCUUGUGGCACCUUGUAGUCCUAUGAGACGAGGUGAAGUUAAUAUGCGAUAUCCCUCUGCAACAAGAAACUAUUCGGGAGGGGUAAUGGGUCCUUGGCACAUGGAUGGUAGUUUGGAUGAAGGCUUUGGAUCUUCAUUGCUCGAAGAGUUCAAAAGUAACAAAACAAGAGGAUUUGAACUCUCUGAAAUAGCUGGCCACGUUGUAGAGUUCAGUGCGGAUCAAUAUGGGAGUCGGUUUAUUCAGCAGAAACUCGAGACAGCAACAACUGAUGAGAAAAACAUGGUUUAUGAGGAGAUCAUGCCACAAGCUCUUGCCCUGAUGACUGAUGUUUUUGGAAACUAUGUAAUUCAGAAGUUCUUUGAGCACGGACUACCACCACAGAGGAGAGAAUUGGCAGAGAAGCUCUUUAACAAUGUUUUGCCUCUUAGCUUACAGAUGUAUGGUUGUCGUGUCAUCCAGAAGGCAAUUGAGGUGGUUGAUCUAGACCAGAAAAUUAAGAUGGUUAAAGAACUUGAUGGACAUGUGAUGCGAUGCGUACGCGAUCAGAAUGGGAACCAUGUCGUUCAAAAGUGCAUUGAAUGUGUGCCUGAAGAGAACAUCGAGUUUAUUAUUUCGACUUUUUUUGGUCAAGUUGUGACCCUCUCAACUCAUCCAUAUGGGUGCCGUGUUAUUCAGAGGGUAUUGGAGCACUGCCAUGACCCGGAUACACAGAGUAAGGUUAUGGAAGAAAUCAUGUCCACUGUUAGUAUGCUGGCCCAAGAUCAGUAUGGAAACUAUGUUAUUCAGCAUGUYCUGGAGCAUGGAAAGCCUGAUGAGCGUACUGUGAUAAUCACAGAAUUAGCGGGGAAGAUUGUUCWGAUGAGCCAGCAAAAGUUUGCGUCAAAUGUUGUUGAGAAAUGUUUGACUUUUGGAGGUCCAGAGGAACGGGAAUUGCUCGUGAAUGAGAUGCUGGGCACAACUGAUGAAAACGAGCCUCUUCAGGCGAUGAUGAAGGAUCAGUUUGCAAACUAUGUGGUGCAAAAAGUUCUGGAGACUUGCGAUGACCAACAGCGCGAGCUGAUACUUACUCGUAUUAAAGUGCAUCUUGAUGCUUUAAAGAAAUACACUUACGGAAAGCAUAUCGUUGCCCGUGUUGAAAAACUUGUUGCUGCUGGAGAGAGGAGAAGUUUGCAGUCCCUAAACCAGCCUCAGGUGGCGUAA